UUCGACGGUGAAAAAAAAGCGCAGGACGCUAAUAAGUCAGUGUUAUUAUUUGUUCUCCAGUUUGAAAUAUUUACGUCGUAUAAAAUACAUCUUUGAUUCUUUAUUUAAGGAUAAAGUCGUCUCGAUGUGCUAGAAGCACUGUGCCGCUUCUCCUGCUAUCUUUACUUGUUAGUUAGCUUAGCUCGCUAGUUAGCUUAGCUUGUCAGCUGCUAACAGAAGACACAGAAGUUAUCAACACAUCGCUAAGUAGAGAUCAAGUGUGAGAGUAAAGUGUGAAAAUGUGCGAAAGAACGAUAGAGAACAAGGCAUAACUUUGUCCAACAAAAGAAGCGAACGAGCGACUACAUCAACUAUUGGAUGUUUAUUAUAAGAAACAUCAAGUUGUGUUACACAGACCAGACAUCUGUGAAGAACAUCUUCUCUCUGAGCAACAGGAGUGGAGCUUCAGGAUGGUGAAGGAGGAGCCACAGCCCUCGUAUUAUAAAGAGGAAGACAAGGACCCACUCAACCCCCACUUUAAAGACAAAGAGGAGGUGCCAGAAACCUCACACUUUAAAAAGAAAGUGAAGGAUGCACUGACCCCCAACAUUAAACAGAACAAGGAUGAACCACUGACCCCCCACUUUAAAGAUGAAGAGGAGGGACACAAUAUCAGUCAGGAGGGAGAGCAUAUUGAAGGACUGGUGGAGUUCCCAGUGAUUGGUGUCCCUGUGAAGAGUGAAAAUGAUGAGGUCAAAGGUGAAAGUGAGGAGAAGAGAGAGGCGGAGCCUCCAAGCAGCAGCUCAACACAACACAUGACAACAGAAGCUGAUGGAGACCACUGUGGAGGAUCACAAGCAGACAAGCUCUUAGCUCCACUAUCAGAUAGUGAGGACACAACGUCACACUCUCCUGACACUGAUGAUGAACACUCUAAAGAUGAUAAGACAUGUCACACUGACAACACUCACUUCAAAUGUUCUCACUGUGACAAAACAUUUAAAUACCAUUGUCAUCUGAAAACACACAUGAGAAUGCACACCGGAGAAAAACCUUUUAUCUGUUCAAUUUGUGGUAAAGGUUUUAGAAAAAAUCAGUAUUUGAAAGAACACAUGAGAACACACGCCGGAGAAAAAUAUUGUAUCUGUUCAGUCUGUUGUAAAGGUUUUGUACAAAGUAACACUUUGGAAGUACACAUGAGAACACACACUGGUGAAAAACCUUUUUCCUGUUCAACCUGUGGUAAAGGUUUUACACAAAGUCAGCAUUUGAAAAGACACAAGAGAACACACACUGGUGAAAAAUCAUAUUCCUGUUCAAUCUGCAACAGAAGCUUUUGUGAACAAUCAAACCUUGUAAGACACAUGAGAACACACCCAGGAGAGAAAGUGUUGAGUUGCAGUGUGUGUGGUGAAAGAUUCUCUUCUAAGUACCAGUGUAAGAAACACAAGUGUGCUGGUGAGAACAGCAGCAGCAAAUGAAACUGCAGGAUUUGAAAUAAACUGUCAAGACUCAAGACUUUAAUUUUGACUUUCUAACAACAUCAGCACAUAUAACAUGUGUGACAUUGUUGUUUGUGUAACAAUCUGUUUAAUAUGCUUCUAUAUUUAUAGAUUAGAUAUUUUAUAUUAGUGGUUUUGUCAGUCAAGUACAUGCAUUAAUAUACAAAAUUGUGUACUUUUAUUAAAAAUUGAACAACACGUCACAACCUGCCUGGUCAGACUUCCAGCAAAGCAUUGGUGUCCUCUGUAAAGGGUUCGCCCUCCCGUCCAUAUAACCCACCAAUACAAAUCAAACACCCACACAACACACUCAAUCCCACAGCCCAAAGUACCGUUCACCUCCCCAAAAAUCAUACAGCACAUAUAUUUCCCCAAAGUUACGUACGUGACAUGCACAUAGCUAAGGUUGGGUAUCGUUUGAAUUCGACCGAUUCCUGACGAUUCUCGAAUCCGAUUCUUCUUGUACCAUGCCGGGAUCAAUGUGUUUGACAGGUAGUCCCUGGAAGGUGGUAUGUAUUUUGGAUUGAGAGUUUUCACCUUAUCCCUGCAAACAUAAACAAACAUGUAAUGUUGCUGUUACUGUUUAGCCCAGUAUCAAUUAG